CCCAUUUCCACUCACACCUCUACAAAAAUUUCAUCAAUCGAAAUCAAAGCUAAUGGCUUUUCGUUCCUUCUUUCUCUUAUUUUUCCUCCUCGUCCUCGCCCGAAUUUCCCAUUCCUUACCCUUCGUGUAUUUCCAUGGUACUGGUGAUUCAUGUUCAAGUGAGAACUCAACUCAUAUCGUUUCAUACUUGAAGAAUGUUACUGGUGUCGAGGGUGAAUGCAUGGAAAUUGGGAAUGGAGCUACUGAUUCUGUGUUCAUGCCCAUUAACCAACAGAUACAAAUUGCUUGCGACAAGGUGAAGGAAGCAAAGCAUUUGAGAAAUGGUUUCAAUCUCUUUGGUAUCUCUCAGGGUGGGUUAAUAUCGAGAGGUGUAAUACAAUUCUGUGAUGGAGCACCUCCUGUUAACAAUUUGAUUACUCUAGCAACUCCUCAUGCUGGUCUUGCAUUUUUCCCUGCGUGUGAUGUUUUUCAAAAUUGGUGUCCAUUAGUCCAAUAUGUGUGGGACAAGCUGGUUUAUACAGAUCUUGUCCAAGAUCAUAUAGCUCUUGCAGCCCAUUAUAAACGACCAACGAUGAUCAAGGAAUAUUUGAAGCAAUCUAGACUUCUUCCGAAGCUCAAUAACGAACACCCACAACAUAGAAACGCCACUUACAAUAAGCGUUUUAGUAGCUUGACAACUUUGGUACUCCUCAUGAACGAGGGCGACAUCUUUGCGAAGCCGAGGGAAAGUUCAUGGUUUGGGUACUACAAGGAUGGGAGCCUUAAAAAUCUUCUGCCUGCAGAUGAGACACAACUUUAUAAAGAGGAUUGGAUUGGGUUGAAGAUUUUGAAUGAGAGUGGAAGAGUGAAACGUUUGAAAGUUCCAGGAAACCAUGCUGAAGCAACUGAUAAAGAUUUGAGAGAAUUCGUGGCUCCUUUCUUGAUGGAGAAUUCUUAUAAUCAUCACAACCCACUCCCACUAAUUACCCUCUCAUCCAACCCAACUGAUUUCUAAGAACCCAAAUUAUUCAUCCUCUAAAAAAACAAGCCUUACAACCUUGUUUAUAUCUAUGGUCAGUGGAUUAUGUAAUAUCGUGUCAGUCUUGUGUUAUCUUGUUUCGUGUAACGUAAAUGUAAGCCAUAUGGGACUAUUCUGUUUCGGUAGAAACAGAACUUGAUGUUUGAAUAAAAGAACUUAUCUUCCCUAA